AUGCACUUUCGUGAUAUCCUUUGGUGUAGUGAUGAUUGCUCCAAUCACUUGCAACAUAGGAGUGAUUCCAGAACCUCCUGCAAUCAUGACGAUCUCGCUGGCCAUGUUUGUUUGGUAAGACAUUCUUCCGACAGGGCCUUUGAACUCGACGAACUGGCCGGGCUGGAGAGCAGCAAACCGAGGAGACACAGUACCGUCUGGGUACGACUUCACCAAGAUAUCAAAAAAUCCUUCGUCGUACUGGUUGGAGAUCGGGGUGUAGUAGCGAACGACCUCUUUGUCGUCAACAACGAAUCUGCAGGCCAAAUGGUGACCAAUAGGAAUGUCCAGAGUAUCAGUUUCGCGUGGAAGCUUGAAUCUGUAUAUAGCUGA